AUGGCGACCAUCGUCCUCUUCGUCCCGUUCACCUUCAGCCUCACCCUCACAUACAGGUCCGACAUAUCCCGCACCUUCCGCGCGAUCCUCACCGCCAUCCCCAUCGCCCUCUACCUCUUCGCGCUCGGCUACAUCCCGCUCCCCUCCGGCCCGAGCUACACGCUCCUCGCCGCUACGACCGCGCGCAUCGUCGUCGUGGGCACGAUCAUCCUCGGCCUCAUAUCGGGUAUCGGCGCUGUGAGCGGCGCAUGGGCUGCUAUCGGGCAGAAGACGGCCGUGCCGACCGCGUCGUCCAUCGCGGCUGCUGAGGUGUCGCUCGAACGCGUGCGCGAGGAUCUGAGGACCCGCGGCGCGGAGAUGCACACGUAUACAGCGUCAAGUACCGACGCAGACGCGAACAGCUCGUGGUUCGCCCGCGCCUUCAAGCGCGACAGCAAUCUUAGCGCAAUGCAGCAAGAAGUGAUCGGCCUCGAAGCGCUCGAGGGGCAGAUGGUUUCACGCGUACAGCACCUCAAACAAGCGCGCGAGGCCGCCGCGUACGCGCAGUCUCUCCGCGGCAGACUGCUCAGCCGCGCGUGGGCGGUAUACUGCGCGUGCCGGGUGUGCAGCUCCCUCAUCAACAUAUUCUUCCCGCAAACCUCGCCUUCGAACACGGAGACGACAAGCCCGUCCUCGUACGGCGACAUCGUCGCGCACGCGCUCGCGUACCUCCUCUCGCUCCUCCCCGCCGUCUCGCACCGCGCGGGCGAGCUCGACGUCGCGGGCCUGUCGCGCCAGAUCAGUCUCGCGCUCGUGGGCGUGAUCAUCCUGAGCAGUCUGCGCGUCGUGCUGCGGGGCGUCACGCGGCUCUGCCGCACGACAUCGCGCUCGCUCUCCGCCUCGCUCAUGCUCCUCGUCAUCGCACAGCUCAUGGGCAUAUACCUCCUCUCGACGCUCGUCCAGCUACGCAACAUGUUCCCGCCGUCGUCGUCGAGCGGCGGCGGCAGCGACGCGCAGACGAACGUGUUCGCAACGCUGCCCGCGUACGCGCUCUUUGGCGGCCUGUUCGACUGGGCGUUUCUCCUCGCCGCGGGUGCGUGCGCGGGCACGCGCUGGGCGGGGGGAUGGUGGGCUGGGGAGGAUGAUUUGUAG